AUGGCCGAUUCGGAGGGGGACCUUCACAUCUCCCAGCCGACCUCUCCCCUUACCCUGCGCCGACCCUUUCCUAUAAACACGAGGCACGCGCAAGGCUACGAACCAGACGAGCGGUCACCGCUGCUGCGGGCCUCGAGAUCCCGCGUCCGCAUACACAGCGGCAGCAACACCCCCCGAGCUCAGCUUCUGUCUCGCAAUCAAAGCUACACAGGCAAGCACCCGCCCCCCGUUGCCCGCCAGAUGACUCGGCAACGGCCUCGCAGCAUCCGCAGUGCGCGACAUCACAGCAGACGCGGAUCGUGGGGACAGCGGCUCAUCUCGGCCCUUUCCGAGCCUCACGGCCCCUUGUCAGAGUCCAAAGGCUCCCUCUUCCCCGACGAUCGGGUGUGGUACGACCAGUUUACCAGCACCGACUGGGUCCACGACACCAUUGCCGACUCCCACCGGGUCAAGGCUCUGCGGAGCAGAAGGGACUUCUUGGGCCGCAUUCGGGUGGCCCUGGACGGUGCGCAAGGAUGGAUUCUGAGUGCGCUCUCGGGCUUCGUCGUCGCCCUGAUCGCCUACACGGUUGACGUGGCCGAGUCGACCGUCUUCGACUUCAAGGACGGCUACUGUGCCGGCGCGUGGUAUCGUGACGAAAAGCGAUGCUGUCCCCACGGUGCCUGCGAUUCUUGGAAGAGUUGGUCUCAGACGUUUAGCCAUCUGCCCAUGGGAGAGAAGUGGAUCAAAUUCUCGGCCUACAUGGUGUGCGUCGUCGGAUUCGCCUGCCUCUCCUGCUGGGUAGCCCUCUGGACCAAGACGGUGGUGCCGUCGGCCUACCAGCUGACGACGCUCGACGAGAACUUGGCGGCGGAAAAUCUACUGCCGCCCCCUCACGACAUUUCUUCCGACGACAACGCAAGCCCGAGGCAACGGUACGACCUCAUCAAGGAGAGCCCCCCGAUGGUGUACUACUCGGCGGCCGGGAGCGGCGUGGCCGAAGUUCGCGUCAUCCUCAGCGGUUUCGUCCUGCACGGCUUCCUCGGCUUCAAGACGUUGGUCAUCAAGAUGGUCGCCUUGGUCCUGAGCGCAUCAUCCGGCCUCAGCCUCGGCAAGGAAGGCCCCUAUGUCCACAUGGCCUCGUGCGUGGGCAACAUCGCCUGCCGCCUAUUCACAAAGUACGACCGAAACGAUGCCAAGAGGAGGGAGGUGUUGUCGGCGGCGGCGGCGGCGGGCGUCGCCGUCGCCUUCGGCGCCCCCCUCGGCGGUGUCCUGUUCGGCUUGGAGGAGGUGGCCUACUUCUUUCCGGCCAAGACGCUCUUCCGCACCUUCUUCUGCUGCAUCAUCGCCGCCCUGUCGCUCAAGUUUCUGAACCCCUACGGCACCCACAAGGUGGUCAUGUUCGAGGUCCGCUACCUCGUCGACUGGGAAUACUUUGAGCUCAUCAGCUUCGUCUUCGUCGGCAUCCUCGGCGGCGCCAUCGGCGCUCUCUUCAUCAAGGCGUCCAAGCACUGGGCCCAGAGCUUCCGCCGCGUCUCCUUCAUCAAGGCGUAUCCCCUCGUCGAGGUCUUCCUCGUCGCCGUCACGACGGGCCUGAUGAGCUACUGGGGCGCCUUGACGAAGCUCCCGGUGACGAAGCUGCUCCUGAACCUCGCGUCUCCCUGCGACGGCACGUCCGAGGCGAGCCUCGAGGGUGGCAUCGGCCUGUGCCCCAAAUCCGUCGACGACAUCCCGCCCAUCAUUCUGACGUUAUUCACUACCUUCCUCAUCAAGGGCUUUCUUACCAUCAUCACCUUUGGCAUUAAAGUGCCCGCGGGCAUCUACAUCCCGUCGAUGGUGGUCGGCGGCCUCAUGGGCCGCAUCGUCGGCCACCUGAUGCAGUGGUGGGUGCUUGCCGCGCCAGACUUUGGCCUCUUCGGCAGCUGCGCGGCGGCGGCCGACGGGACGUGCAUCCAGCCUGGCGUGUACGGCUUGAUCGCGGCCGGCGCGACCAUGUGCGGCGUCACGCGCCUGUCGGUGACGCUGGCCGUCAUCCUGUUCGAGCUGACCGGCAGCCUCGAUUACGUUCUGCCCUUCUCGCUCGCCAUCCUCGUGGCGAAGUGGGUUGCCGAUGCGAUGGAGCCCCUCAGCAUUUACGACCUCCUGACGAGCAUGAACUCGUACCCCUUCCUCGACAACAAGCACAAGCCCGUCUUCACCGGCGACCUGACGGACAUUGUGCCGCGCGUGCGGCGGGAGCGGAUCAUCGACAUCACCAACUCGCCGCUCGUGCCCGCGACGAGCCUGCGGGCCAAGCUCGAGAUCCUGCACAGGGCCGGCGAGCUCGACGGCGGGCUGCCCAUCGUUCGGCACGAUGUCUUGGUCGGGCUCAUCCCGGCGCCGGAUCUCGAGUUUGCCCUCGACCAGCUCGUGGACGAGGUCUCGAGUCUUUGCCUCAUGGAUCGGGUCCCACGCGUCGACGAAGACGAAGGGGACGGCCCGGACCGCACCGACUUCACGCAGUUCAUCGACCCCGCUCCGGUCUCGCUCGACAUUCGUUCGCCCAUGGAUCUCGUGUACGAGUGCUUCGUCAAGUUGGGGCUUCGGUACAUUUGCGUGUUGAGCGAAGGCAAAUAUGCCGGCAUGACACACAAGAAGACGUUUGUCAAGUACAUGCGCGAGCUGCAGGAGGGUGAGGAGUAG